GCCGGGUCCCCGGAAUAGAGAGGGGGCGCUUCCUGUGCAUGUUGGCUGUGAGAAGGUCUCUGCCGGGUUGUAGAGUUCGACCUCAUGGCGGAGAUAAUUCAGGAACGCAUAGAGGAUCGACUCCCCGAAUUGCAACAGCUGGAGCGCAUUGGACUGUUCAGUCGUGCGGAGAUUAAGGCUAUCAUUAAAAAGGCUUCAGAUCUAGAAUACAGAAUACAGCGAAGAACUCUUUUUAAGGAAGACUUUAUCAAUUAUGUUCAAUAUGAAAUCAAUCUUUUGGAACUGAUCCAGCGAAGACGAGUUCGUAUUGGGUAUUCAUUUAAGAAGGAUGAGAUUGAAAAUUCUAUCGUACACCGGGUACAAGGUGUCUUCCGACGUGCGUCAGCCAAGUGGAAAGAUGAUGUUCAACUUUGGCUGUCUUAUGUAGUCUUUUGUAAGAAGUGGGCUACCAAAGUUCAACUUAGCAAGGUAUUCUCUGCCAUGUUGGCCAUUCAUUCGAACAAGCCAGCCUUGUGGAUUAUGGCGGCCAAAUGGGAAAUGGAAGAUCGCUUGUCUUCAGAAAGUGCAAGACAACUAUUUCUUCGGGCUCUGCGCUUUCAUCCAGAGUGCCCGAAACUUUAUCAAGAGUAUUUUAGGAUGGAGCUGAUGCAUGCUGAGAAACUGAGGAAGGAAAAGCAAGAGUUUGAAAAAGCCAAGAUGGAUGUGGGGAAUCUCGAGUAUGCUGAAGAAAUCCUUAUGGGCGAGUUGGCAAGGAUCAUCUACAAAAAUUCUGUAAACAUAAUUAAAAGUGCAGAAUUUCAUGUGUCACUGCUUUCAAUUGCACAGCUAUUCGACUUUGCCAAAGAUCUGCAAAGAGAAAUUUAUGAUGACCUUCAGGCUCUGCAUACAGACGACCCCCUCACUUGGGAUUAUGUGGCCCGCCGAGAAUUAGAGAUCGAGUCACAGCCAGGAGAAGAGCCGCCCACAACGAAACAAACCAAAGUGGCAGAGGUGGGCCGCCGGGAGGAGAGGUGCUGUGCUGUGUAUGAAGAGGCGGUGAAGACUCUGCCUACAGAGGCCAUGUGCAAGUGUUACAUCAACUUUUGCAUGGAAAGGUUUGCUAAGAAGACAAGCAGUCGGCACCUCAGAGAGAAGAGGCUGGAAAGAACCAUGGUUGCAUUCAGGAAGGCACAUGAUCUCAAACUUCUAUCAGAAUUCCAGUACAAGCAGUGGAGCGAGUUGUUGCUGCACCAUGACUUCCUUACAGAAGCUCUGGAGGUGGCAGGAGCCGGGAUGGAAUUGUUCAGAGGCUCCGUGAUGAUGUGGCAGGUGAAGCUGCAGGUCCUGAUUGCCUCAAAGAGCCCUGACGUAGCCAUGCUUUUUAAAGAAGCCUUUGUGCACCUGAAACCCCAGAUUUGUCUGCCAUUGUGGAUUUCUUGGGCAGAGUGGAGUGAAGGUGCCAAAAGCCAAGAAGACACUGAAGCAAUCUUUAAGAAAGCUGUCUUAGCUAUCACGGGUGGCGACUCAGUCACUCUGAAGGAUAAGUACCUGGAUUGGGCUUAUCGAAGUGGUGGCUACAAAAAGGCCAGAGCUGUGUUUAAAAGUUUACAGGAAAGCCGUCCAUUUUCAGUUGAUUUUUUCAGGAAGAUGAUCCAAUUUGAAAAGGAGCAAGAAUCCUGCAAGAUGGCGAACUUACGAGAAUAUUAUGAGAGAGCUUUGAGAGAAUUUGGAUCUGUAGAUUCUGAUCUUUGGAUGGAUUACAUCAAAGAAGAAUUGAACCACCCCCUUGGUAGACCUGAGCACUGCGGACAGAUCUACUGGCGAGCCAUGAAAAUGUUGCAGGGAGAGUCAGCAGAGCUGUUUGUAGCUAAACAUGCUGUGCACCAGGCCGGCCAGCUGUGAAAAGAGGAAGAACACAGCCAACUUUGUGAAAUAGUGUUGUAAGCCCUCUGCAUAGUUUUGUAUUAUGCAUUCAUCUGCAGUUUGCUUAGAUGGCGGACGAGAUGGUGUCUGAUUUUGAGACAUGCUUUAAUUUUGUUAAUGCGCUCAUCUUUAAUUCCAGAAAAGAGAACUGCUGUUUAGUGGCCAGAGGCCAAUUGUUGAGGCCAGACCUACCAUAGGUCCUAAAUGUUUUCCAAAAUACAUGGAAAUCGCAUCACUGAUCUUCUUUUAUUACCACUGGUCAAACUUGAGUAUCUUUAAUCUAGACCCAGGGGUCAGUUAAGAUAGAGAGGAAAGUACAGUUCUGUUUGUUUAUUUUCUCUUUAUUAUAAAAGUAUAUGUGGGGGCUUCCCUGGUGGCGCAGUGGUUGAGAGUCCGCCUGCCGAUGCAGGGGACACGGGUUCGUGCCCCGGUCUGGGAAGAGCCCACAUGCCACGGAGCGGCUGGGCCCGUGAGCCAUGGCUGCUGAGCCUGCGUGUCCAGAGCCUGUGCUCUGCAACGGGAGAGGCCACGACAGUGGGAGGCCCACGUACCGCAAAAAAAAAAAAAAAAAAAAAAGUAUAUGUGGUAUGCAUUUGUUGUCGAAAAUAUGGGCGGAAUAGAAUAAUGUGGAAAAGAAAAUAAAAGCAUUCUGUAAUUUUAUCAUCUGGACUAAAAAUCACUAAUUUGAUUUCCUUUAUUAGAAUUGAAUUUAUACUGUUAGAUCAUUUACUCAUUCAUUCAUUCAUUGAGUGCCUGUCAUAGGCAGGAAAGAGGAGAAGCUUUUUGGGACGGAGGUAAGGGUUGGAGGAACAGAGCUGGAUGUCCUGAGUUGGUUGAAGCAGCAGAGAAGGAUGCUGGGUAUUGGGGGAAAAGUUGUCCUUUAAGAAGAUUUAAGUGAUUAUAAAAGUGUGUUCUAUCUCUGGGACCGAUCUGCAGAGAAAUGUUUACAUUGGGGAGGCCCAGCAACAAAAGAAGGGCAGGGGUAGGGAGUAACUUAGAAAGAGAAGGGCUUCAGAGGCGAGGAUGGAGGAUGGCUUGGAGUAGAGAAGGGCGUUCUGGGAGCAGGGGAGGCAGUUGUUUGAAUUGUACAUUCUGUAACUUAACAUUAUGAUGCUGUCACUGGGAGAAGCAUUCAGUUCAGUUUUACUUACUAUUAUGUUUCACUUAAUAUUAUGGGUUUUUUUCCAUGUCAUUAAAUAGCCUUAAAAAGAUUUAAUGAAUUCAGAACAUUCCAUUGUAUAGAUGAGGCAUGACUCAUUUUACUAGUCCCCUAUGGUUGGACCUUGUCAUUUCUAAUUUUUUCUUGUAAGUACUAUUGGUGAAGAUUCUUGUAAAUCUUUGUUAACAUCCCUGGUUAUUUCUUUAGGAGACUGACAUCUGACAGGAGAAUUACUGUAUUAAGGGGUAUAACUGUUUUAAAGAAUAUUGAUAAGUGUUGCCAAUUUGCAAUGUAUGAAAAUACUUUCAAGCACUGUGGGUAUUAUAUUUCUUAUUUUACCAUUUUAAUAGGUGAAAACUGAUAUAUCCUUGUUUUAAUGUGCAUUUCUUUGAUAUCAGUGCAGUUAAUGCAUUUUUCCUGGCUCUCAUGUCUUUUCAUGUUUGACUUUUUUUUGACCUUUUUUUUUAAACUAAUUUAUAAGAGUUUUUUAUGUACUAAGAAUAGUAAUCUUUAGUUCUUCUCUUAUUUUUUGCAAAUAAUUUGCCCCCAGCUUUUUUUUUUGUGGUGUUUUUUGAGGUCCAGAGGUUUUGUAUGUAUGAUUUCUAUUGUUGAAAACCCUACCUCUUGUUGAGGACAACUCAGUAUUUUUUCCCCCAUGCAGUUAAUUAAAUUUUCCACAACACCGUUUGUAGCCAUUUUUGUCUCUGCUGAUUUGUAAUACUACCUUUAUUAUAUAUUAAAUUCCUGUGAAUAUUAGA